AUGUCGAGAUUUUUCAAGUCAGCAGUGGGUAAAGCAUCCUUAGCUUUGGGUGCAGCUGCUGGAGGUACCAUCAUUUAUUUGGACUUUAUUCAACCAAAGAAACCAGCACAGAUUGCUACGUCUUAUAAACCAUUGAAAAAGGAUUACGCCCCUCCACCAACACGUGAAGAAUUAGUUUCAAGACUAACUCCGGAAAAGAAGUUUGAUGUUUUGAUCAUUGGUGGUGGAGCUGUUGGAUCAGGAUGUGCUGUUGAUGCCGCUACUCGUGGAUUGAAUGUAUGUUUAUUGGAAAAGACCGACUUUGGAUCCGGUACUUCAUCCAAAUCAACAAAGAUGGCUCAUGGUGGUGUUAGGUAUUUGGAAAAGGCAAUUUUUCAAUUAUCAAAAGCACAAUUGGAUUUGGUUAUUGAAGCUUUAAAUGAAAGAGGUAAUAUGUUGAGAACUGCUCCUCACUUGUGUUCAGUUUUGCCAAUUAUGAUUCCAGUUUACAACUAUUGGCAAGUUCCUUAUUUCUUUGCUGGUUGUAAAAUGUAUGAUUGGUUUGCCGGAAAACAAAAUUUGAGAAACUCUACAAUUUUCAGUAAAGAGCAAGCUGCCGCUAUUGCCCCAAUGAUGGAUGUAUCGAACUUGAAAGCUGCCUGUGUUUACCAUGAUGGUUCUUUUAACGAUACCAGAAUGAAUGCUACUUUGGCCAUUACUGCUAUUGAACAUGGAGCUACAGUUUUAAACUAUUUCAAUGUUGACCAAUUAUUGAAAGACGACAAGGGUAAAUUAUACGGUGUUAAAGCCACUGAUUUGGAAACCAAUAAACAAUACGAAUUGAAGGCAACUUCAAUUGUUAAUGCUACUGGUCCUUUUGCUGAUAAUAUUUUGGAAAUGGAUGAAGAUCCACAAGGAUUACCACCAAAGACUCCUCAAAAGCCAAGAAUGGUUGUUCCUUCAAGUGGUGUCCACAUUGUUUUACCAGAAUACUAUUGUCCACAAAAUAUCGGUUUAUUAGAUCCUUCAACUGCUGAUGGUAGAGUUAUGUUCUUCUUGCCAUGGCAAGGUAAGGUGCUUGCCGGUACUACUGACACGCCUGAAAAAUUUGUUCCUGAAAACCCCAUCCCCACUGAGCACGAUAUUCAAGAUAUCAUCAAUGAAAUGCAAAAAUACUUGGUUUUCCCAAUUGAAAGAACUGAUGUAUUGUCAGCUUGGUCAGGUAUUAGACCAUUGGUUAGAGACCCAAGCACAAUUCCAAAGGGACAAGAAGAUUCUGGAUCAACUGAAGGAUUAGUUAGGUCGCACUUGUUGAUUGAAUCGUCAUCUGGAUUAGUGACCAUUUCCGGUGGUAAAUGGACCACGUAUAGAGAAAUGGCUCAAGAAACCAUUGAUUACGUUGUUAAUCAUUUUGAUUUUGCCGGAAAAAAUAUCAAACCAUGUCAAACUAAUGAAUUGAUAUUAAUUGGUGGUGAUGACUACUCGAAGAACUAUUCCGCCAGAUUGAUUCACGAAUACAAGAUUCCAUUGAAAUUGGCCAAACAUUUGUCUCACAAUUAUGGAUCACGUUCGGCCAUGAUUUUGGACUUGUAUGCCGCUAGUGACUACAACAAGUUGCCAAUCACAUUGGCAGCCAAUAAAGAAUUUAUUCCUAGUAUAGUUGAAGCAUCACCUGAGAAUCAAUUGAGUUAUCAAUCAUUUGAUGAACCUUUUACUAUUGCUGAAUUGUUGUAUUCUUUGAAAUACGAGUACCCAAGAACACCAGUAGACUUCCUUUCUAGAAGAACCAGAUUGGCAUUCUUGAAUGCUAGAGAAGCACUUUCUGCCGUCGAUGGAGUCGUUGAAAUUAUGUCCAAAGAAUUGCAAUGGGAUGAUGAUACAAAGGAAAAAAUGAGAAAAGACGCUGUCAAGUUUAUUGGUAAUAUGGGUAUUUCACCAAAGAAGUUUGAUGUUGAACAAUUUACCGUUCAAUAA